AUGGCCACGCCGGAGGAGAUUCAGCAGUUCAUGGCCAUCACCUCUUCGGACGAACAGACGGCUAAGAGCCACCUUUCUACAGCUGGAAACGACGUGUUGGCGGCGGUGGAGCAGUACUUCGCACACGCCGCCCUGCUCCAGAAGCGCGAGCAGGAGACGACCCGGCCCCGGGCCUCAUCAGGCACCUCUGGAAGCCGGAGCAGCCAGGCCCGCAAUGUUCGAAGCCUCAGCGACUACUCGGACCUGGAGGAGGCCGACGAAUCUGAACACAAUGAGUACUACGCCGGCGGGGAGAAGAGUGGCCAGGUGGUUCGAGGGGCGCCGAAGCCCGGCGCCAGGGACGUGGACGACGUGGAAGGGGUUUUCGAGGCCGCGCAAGCCGCGGGCGCGCGCCAGGGCACCGCCAGCGACAUGCCCGCGGUCCAGGGCCGCCCCCGCUUCGCCGGCCUGGGGCGCACGCUGGCUGGCGGGGUUGCUGGGCCCAGCACCUCGCAGGGAGGGGCCCUGGCCGUGAGGACGGUGGCCAUCUACUUUUACCGCAACGGCUACUUCCGAGUGGAUGACGGGGAGGGCCGGGCCAUGGCCGACCCGGCCAACGCCGACUUCAUGCAGGCCAUCAUGCGGGGUCAAUGCCCCGCUGAGCUGGAGCCUGCUGAUCCUAGUCAGCCUGUGAACGUCAACCUGCUGAGGAAGGACGAGGACUGGGUGGAGGCAGAAGCGACCCAAGGUCGAGCCUUCACCGGCCAGGCCAACCGGCUGGGGGGCGAGACCGCCCCCGACCCCGCCCCCGUCGCCGCCGCUGCGCCCGCGCCCAGCCAGCCCGCGCCGGGCGGGGGGGCUUGGGAGGGCCCCGACGCUAGCGCGCCCACGACCUCCAUCCAGCUGCGCCUGAGCGACGGCGGGCGGCUGGUGGCCAAGUUCAACCUGACCCACACCGUGGGCGACAUCAAGCGCUUCCUGCGCACGGCCCGGCCGGACCUGGGGCCCGGCCUGCAGCUGGCCACCGCCUUCCCGGCGGCCAGGCUGGAGGACGACGGUUUGAGCAUCGAGCAAGCGGGGCUGGCCAACGCCGUGGUCAUCCAGAAGGCCGCCUGA